ACCGCCUGACGCAGGCGCAGUAGGGCAGGCGGGUGCGUAGGGACUGCCGCUGAGGCGUAGGUCAGCGGAGAGCCUAACACUCCUGGGUUCCACGCGCCGCGGGGUCGUUACCGCCGAGCACUUGGAGAGCCCGAAGUCUGUGAGCAGCCGCCAUGUCGAUCUUCACCCCGACCAACCAGAUCCGACUGACCAAUGUGGCCGUCGUGCGGAUGAAGCGGGCAGGGAAGCGCUUCGAAAUCGCCUGCUAUAAAAACAAGGUCGUCGGCUGGCGGAGUGGCGUGGAAAAAGACCUUGAUGAAGUUCUGCAGACCCACUCAGUGUUUGUAAAUGUUUCCAAAGGUCAGGUCGCCAAGAAAGAGGACCUCAUCAGUGCAUUUGGGACAGAUGACCAGACUGAAAUCUGCAAACAGAUUCUGACUAAAGGAGAAGUUCAAGUGUCAGAUAAAGAACGGCACACACAGCUGGAGCAGAUGUUUAGGGAUAUUGCAACCAUUGUGGCAGACAAAUGUGUGAACCCAGAAACAAAAAGGCCCUACACGGUUAUCCUCAUCGAGAGAGCCAUGAAGGACAUCCACUACUCGGUCAAACCCAACAAGAGCACAAAGCAGCAGGCUUUGGAAGUGAUAAAGCAGUUAAAAGAGAAGAUGAAGAUCGAGCGUGCCCACAUGCGGCUGCGCUUCAUCCUGCCCUUGAAUGAGGGCAAGAAGCUGAAGGAGAAGCUGAAGCCGCUGAUGAAGGUCGUGGAGAGUGAGGACUACAGCCAGCAGCUAGAGAUAGUAUGUCUCAUCGACCCAGGCUGCUUCCGAGAAAUCGAUGAGCUAAUAAAAAAGGAAACCAAAGGCAAGGGUUCUCUGGAAGUGCUCAGUCUGAAAGACGUGGAGGAAGGAGAUGAGAAAUUCGAAUGACAUGAUACUCUCCAGCUCCUCUGCUGGAGCACGACAGAGGACUUUGUUCCCAGCAGCAGCAGUUGUUUCUGUGACCUGCCAAAAGCCCUGCUCAAGCAACGUGCCACUUUCCAAUCUUGUGUUAAACAUUUACCUAGGUACUGGGUGUUUCUGUUGUAAACUGGGGUUUCCAGCAAAAAGGACAAACCCAAAAUACAGUGUCCAGAACAGCUCUUCA